AUGCUUCCCCGUGGCGAAUCUCAGCCGCCGCCGCCGGCGGAGCGUGCGGUCGACCUGCUGCGCGACCUCCCGACGCAUCUCCUCGACAGGAUCCUCGCCGGCCUGCCCGCGCGCGACGUGGUCCGCACGUCCGUGCUGUCGCGGCCAUGGCGCCGCCGCUGGGAGUCCGUCCCGGGCCUCGACAUCGAGCUCCACGACGUCGGCGACGAUACCCGCGCCUGGGACUCCGCCGCACGAUUCCUGAGGCUCUGCGCGGGCCCCCUUGGCCGCGUCGGCAUCCGCGGCGUCCCGCUGAGCGUCUUCCACCUCGCCGACCACUGGGUGCGCCUCGUGGCGGGGAAGAGCCCGCGCUCGCUGUCCCUGGCGCUCCCCCAGGCUUUCGUGCUGCGGUCCCUCUUCCGCUGCGACCCCGCCGCGCUGGCCGAGCUGGAGCUGCGCCGCUGCGCGAUCCCGCCGCCGCCGCCUGUCGCGAGCGGUGGCUUCGCGGGGUUCCAGCGUCUAACCAAGCUCGAUCUGCAGGACGUGGUUUUCACUGGUGCGCAUGCGUGGCUGCAGCUGGAGGCCAUGAUCUCGGCGGCCGCGCCGACGCUCGUGGAGCUCCGCCUGCAACGCAUCGCCUUCGCCGUCUGUCGCGACGAGCUCGUCCCAGGCGGGUGGGUCAUCCAGGCGCCCAAUCUCCGGCGGCUGGUGCUGUGCCUGAGCAUCGCUAGAGCUGGCCUCUGGGAGCUUGGGCCGCUGCCCAACCUGGAGCUGGCCAGGAUCUUCCUCAACGACUCCGCGGAGGAGAGAGACUACAUCAAGAUGUUCACAGCCAUUUCCAACGUCAGGGAGCUUCACAUCGGCAACUUUCGCAUCAACACACAGGUUCUUUUGAGAGCGGCGCAUCUCUUUUGCAUACACACAUGCUACUAA